CUAUUUGUUCAGGAAAUUGUGACGUGCAUUCUGGGCAGGGUUUGAGGUUUUGGAACCUUUUCUAAAAGGGACAGCCAGCACCCCGCUCCAUUUCCUAAUUGUGUGGUUGGCGUGAGCUGCUCACCAUGCAGAAGCUCCUCACCUGCAGGAUACUUGUCCUGGCCCUCGCCCUGGUCCUCCUGUUGGACUCCUCAGCACAAGGUUAUCCUAUGCGGAGAGCCAGGUACCAAUGGGUGCGCUGCAGUCCCGACAGUAAUUCUGCCAACUGCAUUGAAGAAAAGGGACCUGUGUUCAACCUGCUUCCUGGGGAUUCCAACAGGAUCCUUCCUCCCAGGACUGACCCUUUCUUCAGAAUCAAAUCCCAGAACCUGAAUGACGCCUUCCCUCUUUCUGACGACCUUUCUGGCUCUGGCUUUGACUCCGGCUCCGGCUUAGGAAGCGGCUCUGGAAGCAGCCUCCCCUCGGAAAUGGAAAGGGAAUACCAGCCGCUGCUGGAAGAUGAUGUUUUCUACUAUGACAUCAAGGCCCUCAAGCAGAAUCUUCCCUCAGAGGAUCAGGAAAUGGGUCACGCUGGACCAGAAGAUGAAUUUAUUAUAUGAAAGACAGGGUUCUCCACCUUGACACCAGGCAAUGCAGUCCAUACAUUCUGUGUACUGUGGUUAAAGAUUACAUCAACAAGUUGUAUAGAAAUUUUAAGACAUUUGCAAAAGAAACUUCAGUUGUAUCACCUUUGUCCCUAAUGAAUUCUUAAAGGAUUAGGCUUGUUCUCAUCUACCCUAUUUUUUCAGAAAAUCGCCGUGUUUGUGGGGGAUGAAUGUCAUAUUCAACUUAUAUUAUUAUGAAAUUGGCUAGAUUCCCAUGUCUAUAAAACUGCUUUAAAUAAAAAAAAUUAUAUACUGUCUUCAAAAA